GCAACCAUCGUCUUCACAAGAUAGUACCUUGCUCAUUUUCUUUAACAAUCUCUAACUCAUUUCACAAUGGUCAGAGCCAAAGGCAUGACGCCUUUCCUCUUGCUACUCCUCAUCUCUCCCUUCUCUACCACCACCGCCUCCAACACUGCCUGCCCCACCAAUAUUCCCGACACCACAGACACCUGCAUCUCCUCUUCACAAGAAAACAAACUUGUCCCAAUUAGACGUGAAGUCUAUGGUGAUGGUAGAAUCUUUGAUAUUACUCAUAGGUACACAGCCAACAUGCCAUCUUUCGGCUCCGAAAAUGGACUGGGCCAGUUCUUGCAGUUCCCUGAAAAAAUUAAGAAUGGGUCCAUGGUCAAUGUAUCUGAGAUGAAGAUGGUGACUCACACUGGCACACACGUUGAUGCACCUGGGCAUUUCUAUGAUCACUACUUCGAUGCAGGGUUUGAUGUGGACACUCUAGACUUGGAAGUGCUCAACGGUCCUGGGCUAUUAAUCGAUGCUCCAAGGGGUACGAACAUAACUGCUGAGGUCAUGAAGAGCUUAAAUAUUCCGAAGGGAGUUCGGCGUGUUCUUUUCAGAACAGACAAUACUGAUAGGCGACUUAUGUUCAAAAAUCAGUUCGACACGAGCUUUGUGGGAUUUACUCAGGACGGGGCAAAAUGGUUGGUAGAGAACACUGACAUUAAGCUUAUUGGAAUUGAUUACUUAUCGGUUGCCGCUUGGAGUGAUUUGGCUUCAGCUCAUCUCGUCCUCUUGGAAAGCAGAGAAAUCAUCAUUGUGGAAAGCUUAAAACUUGAUGACAUACAACCUGGAAUAUAUUCUAUCCAUUGUUUACCUCUAAGGUUGCUAGGUGCUGAAGCUUCACCAAUAAGAUGCAUUCUCAUCAAAUGAUAAUUUUCCACUAUUCAAGAGAAUUGCUGAAAUGGGGAUCAAAGCUUUGGUUGGUGGAGAAAAAUAAGAUAAAGCUGACAGAGGAUCAUGGGCUCUGGCAGCAUGAAGCUAUUUUAUUGGGGUUUUUAGCCCAUGGUGGUUGUAUUUUUGCUUUUGUUUACGGGUUGUUCUUUAUCAUUGCGAAUGGUAUGUGUUUGAUGGCAAAAAAAAUAAAAAUAAAAAUAAAAAUAAAAAUAAAAA